AUGAUUGCUGACCAUCCAGCAACCUGCUAUACCUGUGAUGCGAAUGCUACUGUGGCUCGGCAAGUGGUCCCAAUUUACGAGGACUUGGCAGCUUGUGAACAAGGAGGUAACGUGAAGGCGUCGCGAGAAAGAGGUAAAAAGAGAAAGCAGGGCACUGUGCACAAAGUCAGAAUCAACUACUAUCCACUAUCACAGCGCUCAAGCAAUAAGUUUAGAUCGUCACCAUACACCCCGUUGAAUUUUGUUCCUCUGUUCCUCAAAGCGCAAUUCUCACGACCAUCAAAUGUUAUCUUUGUAGGGAUUAUGAUCCUCAACUAUAUGCCUGGUAUCACAAUAGUUUCGAAGGCCACGGCUGUCAUCCCGGUUGUUUUCAUUCUUGCGACCAGCUUGCUUAAGGACCUAAUUGAGCUGGGGAUUCGAAUAAAGAACGACAAAGUGAUUAAUAAGGCUGAGUACGGUGAGCACAUUUCAGGCGGAAAGGUUUGUAGCACGGUUGAGGCCCAAAAUAUCAACCCAGGAGACAUUUUCAAGAUAACUGCAGGCCAGACAGCUCCGUGUGAUGUCCUUGUUCUGGCAUCAGAUAAGAACGUGGUCUACUUCUCUCAAAGCAGUCUAACUGGGGAGCAGAACCUUGUUCAGAAGAACCCUAUAUACACUAGUACAGAUAUAAUCUCGUCGCAAUUCAUUGGAGAUGUAGAGUUUAGCUUCUAUCAAGGCAAAGUCUUUGGGUGCUACACAGGUCCAGCAGUAGAAGAAAACACCCAGGGUUACGUUUCAACGGCUCCAGAUCUUCAUGCUGCCCCAGUAAGCGUUUGCAUUGAAGACGUACAGGCUAUCCAGCGUGCUAGAGAGAGGAGAUACAGAAAUGCAGCCAUGAGCACACACCAUAUUCAAAUGAACUCGGUGGUAAAACGCGCCAGCAUGGGGAAAAGGCCAAUACAGCCAGAGCCUAUCGUUCAUUCAAUCCUCCUUAAUCAAGGAAACGUGGGCUUCAAGGGAACGGCCGCCACUACAGACUAUUACGCCCUAGCGCUUGCCACAGGGGAGAAUUGUAUGUCCACUUACACUGCCCAUAAGCGAGAAAGCCGCAUAUCUAAUGGAGCUAAGCGCCUGCAGCUUAUCAUUAUUGUGCAGUGCUCUCUUGUACUUGUCUUCGUCAUCUCAUUUAGUUCCGUUGUGACGGAACGGUAUCAAGGGUAUAUAGAGCGUUACCCCUACUUAGAAAUUGCAGACCAGUUUGCUUCUAAAGCGGGUGCAUUCUUCAUAAGCUUCGUUAGCUACAUCAUUCUCUUCUCCUACGCACUACCAAUCUGCAUCUUCGUUACUAUAGAGCUGCUCAACAUCCUCAAUCGGCUCUUCGUUCGUUCUGAUCUCAAUCUAAUACACCUGUAUGGAAGCUGCACCGUGAACAACGACAAGGUUCUAGCAGACCUUUCUCGUAUAACCCAUAUCUUUACAGAUAAGACUGGGACUCUGACGCGCAACCAGUUCACGUACCAUUCAUUCCUUGGAGUGGAUGAAUGCCGCAGAUUAAGUACGGAGUCUAUCCUUAAAUCUAUCUAUGCACUGGGGGAGAAUAGGGCUAAUGAUGCUGACUUAAACGUAUUCUAUGGGAACUACGCAUCACAAACGCCACAGCACACAGUUGAUACUAUACAAAAUCGCGUCCUACAAUUGGUAGCAUUGGGAUUAUGUAAUUCAUUAAUUCCAGUCAAAUCGAAUGGCAGAUUGGAAUACUUCGGCGAAUCCGUCGAAGAAACCUGCUACAUACGAUAUUUAAGCACAAAUGGAAUUCUCUCAAUAGUUGAGAAGACAGAGAGCACAGUUCGCCUGGCGCUUUCUCGCAGUUUUAUAGAAACAGGGAACGUCUCAAGUGCAAGAAUACAAACUGUUCGCCUUAGCAACACAUUCGAAAGUGUCAUUUCAGAUGAUUAUAGCAUAGACAAGUACGUUCUCCUGGACUUUGAAUUGCUGAAGGUCUACGAGUUCACCCCCUCCCUAAAACGCAUGUCCGUUAUCUGCUGUCAAAAGGCAUCACAUGAGACUACUUCGUGCUCCAUGUACGUAGUCAAUGGCAUGCGUCCCUUCCUGAUCACAAAAGGCUCUCAUGUUGUGAUGGGCCAGCUUAUGAAUAGGAUCCCAAUGGCCGAAGGUGAACAGAGCACGGAGCAGCCACAGUCGUUAAGCAUUGAAAAUAUCAUCACAAAGAACCUCGCUGAUAAGCGUUGCUUUGUGUUUGCAUUCAAGCCCUUCCCCACGCUUCCAAACGUAAAGACCGAACCCCAGCAAAGCGUUGAACAGGGGUCUAACUUCUUAGGAAUCAGUGUAAUUGAGGAUGAGCUCGCGCCUAAUGUGUUAGAAUCUGUAAAAAAGCUCAGAUUUGCGGGUAUUAAGAUUAAUAUUGUUACAGGAGACUCAAUAGAAACCACAAUAGAAACAGCUGCACGCACAGGCAUUAUUGAUGUAGAUACAAAUAAAGUUAUAAUCACAAGAAUGGAUGAGAUAGCUGUUCGAAAGGCAGAAUUGCAAGAUGAAGAGGAUCAACGCUACUGUCUGGUAGUUUCCGGUGAAGUCAUUAACGAGGUGUUCCCCAACCUGGAGCGCCGCGCACAGAUAAACGCCUUUCUACGCAAAGGAAAGCUACCCAAAAAGUUUGCUAGGCAAUAUUUCAAGGAUACAGGCGUAGAAUGCAGCCACGAGCCCAAGGUGUCUCUUGACCUAAUGUACUUGAUAUCUCAAGCAAACGCAUGCUUAUUCUGCAGCAUGAGCCCAGAGUCUAAGAAGGUUGUCAUUCAAUACCACAGUGUGUAUAUCUCUCUGCAAAAGACGCGAAUUAAGCUAUGGUGCCGUGGAAAGUCUCCGUCAGUAGGGGCAUCAUUGGCGAUAGGAGAUGGCCAAAAUGACCUGCAGAUGAUUGAUGCAGCAGAUGUUAGCGUGGGCGUGCGUGGGCGCGAGGGGCUGUACGUUGCUAACAAUGCAGAUGUGUCGGUGCCGUCCUUCUCCACUCUGGUGAGACUUAUUUUGGUCCACGGCGUUCUCAUUGAGCAACGAAUGAGGAUGACAAUAUUCUAUAAUCUGUAUAAGAAUACAAUGUUGGCGAUAAUAUGCGGCUUCUACAGCGGUGAAAGCCUGUUCUCCAGCGUCCUAAUUAUCAAUGAUUUUUUGUCAUUGAUGUAUAACGUAAUUCUUAACUUUAUUCCGAUUUUCAUCUAUGCACUGUCAGAGCAACACGUCAAGCCGCGCUACCUGGAAAACUUCCCCACCAUAUAUAGAACUAAUUGUCAACCGUGGCGAUACUGGUUUGAGUUUGUCACAUUUUACGUUUCUGGAAUAUAUAUGGCUGUGAUAAUUUAUUUCUGCACAGCAUUUAUGUUUGGAAAUUCUGCAAUCUUGGGAACAAGUGGCCGGGUAGCAGACACAACUGUAUUCAGCUUCAUAAUAAUAACCGUUAUUACAUUUGUCAGCCUCGCACGCUUGAUGAUAGCCUCUAAUUACUACUCUACUGCAUUCGCAUGGAGCAUUAUCUUAAGCAUAGCCCUCUAUUACUUCACCCUCGUAGGAAUCAACUACACUUUCUUCUUCACUCAGUACUUCUUCAAUACGCUCACAGUUGCUUCUGCUUCUCUCAGCUAUUAUUUACAGUGCCUAGUAAUGAUAAUAUUUUGCUUGGUGCCCGAUAUUAUUUACAGCACACUUUCUCGGCUGUACAUCAAUCCCGAUCCUAACUCCCUCCUCACUCACUACUUUAAAAAGGAAACCAAGGGACUAGGGAAGCGAAAGGAUAUACAGCUGGAGCUUCGAUAUAAGAGGUGCCUCGAAGAAGUCAUCAGGUCCAUACAAACCACAGCAAAGAGCUCAAAAGAACAGUCUCAAAAUGCCAUUUUCUGCACAGAAAGUCUUGAAGUGGACGUCAAGCAGGAGUAUAACUAG